AUGAAGAGGCUUGACAUCGAUAUACUGGGCGUGGCGGAGACUUGGUGGCCGGGUGCGGGAGUGUGUAAUACCGGGGGAGGUGCAUUCUACUAUUCGGGCAAUCAAGAUAGGAAUCAUCGGAAGAGAGUUGGAAUCAUUGUGUCAGAAAGUUUUAAGAAUUGCAUCAUCGACUUCAUACCGUACUCGGAUAGGAUAACGCUGAUGAGGGUUAAUGCAAGGCCAACCAACUUAAAUAUCAUCCAGAUAUACGCGCCAACUGCUGAUGCACCAGACGAGGAGAUGGAAAUAUUCUAUGAGCAAAUAAAAGAAAUGCUGAAGCUCACCAAAAAACAUGAGAUUAAUAUAAUUAUGGGCGACUUCAACUCUAGGAUAGGGAAAGAAAGGUAUGAGUAUCUGGUGGGACCAUUCGGACUGGGAACAAGAAACGAGAGGGGCGAACGCCUGGUGCAAUGUUGCCAAGAAGAAGAUAUGAGAGCUACUAACACAUGGUAUCAAUUACCACCUAGGAGACUAUAUACGUGGAGAUCUCUCAGAGACAGCCCAGAGAACAUAAGUCGCAAUCAGAUAGACUUCAUACUUACCAAUAAACGCUUUGGAUCUUCAAUUAACAGAGUAAGCACUUGUCCUGGAGCGGACGUGCCCUCUGACCAUAUACUACUACGGGCAGCCAUCAAAAUCAAACUAACAAAGUAUGCAAAAUCAGCUUUAAAACGAGGAAUUGCAUAUGAAAAGCUUAAACAAAGAGAUAUGAAAACUGUAGUGAGCCAAAAAAUGAAUAGCAACAUAGAGGAAAUGUUAAAAUCAAGAGGAAAUGAACAAAAUCCAACCAGAAUGUGGGAAGAGUUAAAAGAUGUCACGAUAAGCAUCGCAAAAAGCCAAUUGGGAUACCGAGAGAGAAACCGAAGGCAGAGCUGGAUGACGGAUGAGAUCCUCUCGCUCAUGGACGAACGACAGAUAUGUAAGAAUCAAGCAGAUCCACGCAGAUAUAAUGAAUUACAGAGAAAAAUAAGAGCCAAAAUUAGGACAGCAAAGAACAUGUGGUUACAACAGGAAUGCGAGGAAAUGGAAAGGUUGCAAAUCCUGCAUGACGAUUUCAAUCUACACAAAAAACUAAAGGAAACAGCUGGAAUAUACUGUAAAAGGACUUUUUCGACGAUAGUCGAUGAAAAUAACAACAUAGCCAACGAUAUACAAGAAAAGAAAAGAAUAUGGGAGGAAUACGUAGGAAGCCUCUUUACAGACGAAAGACCAGACAGACAAAUAGAGGCAAACAACGAUAAUCUCACUGGACCGCCGAUCAUAAUGGAAGAAGUUAAAAAAGCAAUAAACACCGCAAAAACAAAUAAAGCAACAGGCCCAGAUGAAGUGCCAUCAGAACUGCUAAAGCUACUAGAUGAGAAGGGAUUAGCACUCCCCCAAAAAAUUUUUAACAAAAUAUACGAUACAGGAAUAUAUCCCGAACAGUGGCUUUCCUCAACCUUUGUUCCCUUACAAAAGAAAAACAAUGCGAGAAAAUGCACAGACCACAGGCUGAUAAGUCUCCUGAGUCAUACCCUAAAACUAUUCUUGAAAAUCUUACAUCAAAGAAUUUUUAAAAAGUGCGAGAGUAACUUCAGUAACUCACAAUUCGGGUUCAGACAGGGGUUAGGCACGGACUCGUUCGUAAUUUGUUAA